AUGUCGCGGAGAUACGAUUCCAGGACAACUAUCUUUUCCCCAGAAGGUCGGCUGUACCAGGUUGAGUAUGCACUGGAAGCUAUUUCACAUGCCGGUACGGCCUUGGGUAUCUUGGCCAAAGAUGGGAUUGUCCUUGCUGCGGAGAAAAAGGUGACUAGCAAGCUGCUAGAGCAGGACACUUCUGCGGAGAAACUUUACACACUGAAUGACAACAUGAUCUGUGCUGUUGCUGGUAUGACAGCAGACGCCAACAUCCUUAUCAAUUAUGCCCGACAAGCCGCCCAGCGAUAUCUUCUUACCUAUAACGAAGAAAUUCCUUGCGAACAACUCGUUCGCCGUCUGUGCGAUCUGAAGCAAGGGUAUACCCAGCAUGGUGGUCUCCGUCCGUUCGGUGUGUCGUUCAUCUAUGCCGGGUACGAUCCUCUUCGGCAGUUCCAGUUGUACCAGAGCAACCCCAGUGGUAACUACGGUGGUUGGAAGGCGACUAGUGUUGGUGCAAACAAUGCGAGCGCCCAGAGCCUGUUGAAACAAGACUACAAGGAGGAUUGUGACUUGAAGGAAGCUUGCGCCAUGGCUGUGAAGGUUUUAAGUAAGACGAUGGAUUCAACGAAGCUCAGUAGUGAAAAGAUCGAAUUCGCUACGGUGGGAAGGACCCCAGAAGGGAAGGUUUACCAUCAUCUCUGGAAUGCGGAUGAGAUCAAUGCUCUUCUAAAGGAACAUGGAUUGGCCAAGGUUGAUGAUGAGCCAGAGGCUGGCGAUAUUAAAUAA